AUGGAGCAGCUUGAAGAGAUUUUUCAAGGCUACACUAGAAAUGGUUUUCCGAAACUCCCGCCUGAAAUAAUGGGAACGAAGCAAUCUGUCAUCGACGAAAAAGCUCUUGAAUUACUGACACUGCCAAAGCACUGGAAGGAAAUCAUCAAAGAUGCGGCUCAAUUGGAGAAAAGAAACAAAUCGUUCCAGGAAGCGAUUUGGGAAAUUUUCACGACUGAGCGGGUUUAUAUCUUGAAUCUGAAGAUGGGACUCGAUUGCUACAUAGGCUUCUUGAUCGACAUUCAACAACAAGGGCUCCUAAUCGACGUGGAAAUAGCCAAACUGUUGCUGAAUCUCAAAGAGCUCUAUCAAAUACAUCUGCACGAGUGGAAAUCUACCCUCCUCCCAAUCAUCAAGGAUAUUGAAUCUUCUGGCAAAGCACUGAACGCAGCACAAGUUUUGGAGAUUUAUGAUGGCCUGAGCGAGCGGCUGCAAAAACCGUAUUUGAAAUACCUUUCCGGCGCAUCGGAAGCGAUGCAUUACGCACGAGAAAAAGAAGAGACAAAUCUUCUUUUCAAAGAGUUUCUCAAACUUUGCGAAAAGCAACGAGCGACGCUCGGAGUGAUGUUUGGCUCGUUAGAAUCGAUCCUUUGCUCGCCUCAUCAAAGAAUUACCAGAUACGGUCUGUUGCUGACCCCAAUCAUCAAAUAUUGCGAUGACGAUGGAGAAUCGAAGAAAAAACUCGAAGAGGUUCACAAGAAAGCGGAUGCUCUUUGCAGAUGGCUAAACAACAGGGUCAAAUUGUCGGAAUUGAACAAACAGUACAUUGGAAACAAUUUUGACUUUUAUAUUAAAACGCCGAACACCUCUACUGUCCGAAACGAAAUGCUUCUCUACUCGGCAAAAGGUUUUGAUGCCUUUAGCGAGAUUCCAGGAAGCCAAGUGAAGGGUCAAAAACGAAUGGUCCUUGAUGAGCGGGAUGAUGUCACCUUGUUGUUGCCCAAAAAGGAAAAAAUACUAACGAAGAUUUUGACCGAUUGUCUUUUGGUCUUUACUGCGCAAGAAUCAUCAGUUAAAUCGUCGAAAGUCAAGAAGCUAUUUCUCUGUUUUCCGCCUCUAAAAAUCGAUACGCUCUAUCCGAUCGUAUUCGACCAGGUGAAAAUAACUCUUGUUAGUGUGGGUCCUUAUGGAUGCCCUGAGCAGAGCUUGACGAUAAGUUUUCCGACUGAGGAAAAUUGCUCCAGUUUUAUGGCGAAAAUAAGGGAAGCAAGGGAACAAUAUCAAUUGAUAAAACAGGGGCAAUCGUUGUCGGAUGAACUGAUGAGAAAGCUGGACGAAGUAGUGCUCUCGAGCAACCACAUCGACUCAGACCCCGAAACGCCAGACGAAUGUGUUGCCUCCCUCAAAGAUCAAAAGCCCCGCGCGCGAGCAGUAGUACCUCUCAACAUCGACCUCAAUUUCGACGCCUCAGAACUCGGUUUAACUUCUCCAAGCCCAAAAGAAACUCCCGAAGAUCCUUCGUCCCCGGCUUCAACCUUCGUCACUGUUGGAAAAUCGAAGAAAACAAAGAGAAGAUCUGUGAUGAAAUUUUUCAAAAGCAAAAAUUCAUCCAAAGACACAAGUACUGAGAAUAAUAAUAAAUAA